AUGCAGCACCGGGGGUUCCAGUGCCCCGUCGUGUUCGGAAUCUCGGACAACGGGCUCUGCAUCUCCCUGCGCGGGCACGGCUGGCUGGAGAGUUUCGUGAAGCAGCGCUUGGGCAUGCCCGUAUUUCGUGCGGACGGCAACAACUUGGCGUCGGUCUUCUCAGCCUCGCAGGGCGCCAUCGAGCACGCACGGCGCAGAGGCGCGCCCGCCGCCGUGCUCUUCGGGGGCCUCUCCCGGCGCUUCGGCCACGCGGCGACCGACAGGCAGGAGGCCUACCUCAGCAGCGCAGAGAUCCAGGAGGCCGAGUCCCGCUGCGCCCUCGCCGAGGAGCUCGGCCGUGCGGUCGAGCAGGGCGUCGUGUCCUACGCGGAGCUCGCCGCGCGGUUUGACGAGUUAGCUGCCAUGAUCGAGGAGGCGUUUGAUGCCGCGUCCUUGGAGCCGAAGGUGGCCAGCAAGCAUGCUUGCGGGACGUUCAACAGCCAGCCUCUGGUGCCGAAGGAAGAGGCCGUGGCCGCCAGGGCGCGGCGCCAGCAGCUGCCCGCCGCGGGCGGCGGCGCCGGGCCGGGCACGGUCAUGCGACGCAGCAUGACCCGGGUGCUCGACGAGCUGCUCGCGGAGCGCCCCCAGCUCGUCUACCUGGGGGAGGACGUUCAGUGGCAAAUCACGGAAGCUACUACCGCGUGA